AUCAGAGAAGAAGAUUGACCGGAAGUGGGUGGAACAUCUCAGGUGGAGUUUAAGGUGAGGGCGGACGUAAAGAGAGGAACGGGAAAGAAACAAACGAACAAACAAGGAAAAGGAAAAGACACGAAAUAAACAAGUUCGCCGUCGGAAACAAACAACCUCCUGUCGAUGGCGCUGUGUGACGACUUGUCUCGCUGCAAAAUAGCGUUGGCCUUUGCUGUACUGAUGGAUUUACUGGGGGGCGCCGCCCUGCUGGUAGGAGUGUUCGCUCGCCUGGAAGUGAGAGGACAGGACUUCGGAGACCUGCUGGUCUACACUGGAGCUCUGUUGGUGCUGAUGUCACUAGGCGGGUGGGUCCUGUGGUACAGCGGGAACAUCGAAGGCCUCACUUCUAGGAAGGACUUGGGCCACAUUGGCAGCGCAGUGGACCGUCUAGCUCGCAACCUGAGUCGCCACAUUCGCUCCUACAGGGGCCGCCACUGAGGGUUACGGUACAUUGAACAUGUGUGAACUUUUACGUCAGUGUUAAAAACAUGAACAUUUCACCUCUGUUGUUGUUGUUGUUUUUACAUUCAGUAUGUAAUGCAAUUCAAUUAAAGUAUUUUUAUAUGAAAUCCA